UCAGGUGGGAAGUCCUGCCCCCCGCUUCGGGCCAGAGGGAGGAGUCGCUGGCCAGGCCCGUUUCCGCUUCCGCUCCGCGCGCUGCCAGAGCCGACGUUCCGCCUCCGUCCGCCGCGAGAUCCGCGGCCUUCUUGCCAGGCGCGGAGGGAGGUCGCCGCGCCCCGGCGGAGCCUUCCCAAGAUGGCGCUCUCUAAGCGGGAGCUGGACGAGCUGAAGCCGUGGGUGGAGAAGACGGUGAAGCGGGUCCUCGGCUUCUCCGAGCCCACCGUGGUGACCGCCGCCUUGAACUGCGUCGGGAAAGGGAUGGACAAGAAGAAGGCGGCCGAUCAUCUCAAGCCCUUCCUGGAUGAUUCCACCUUGCGGUUUGUUGAUAAGCUUUUUGAAGCCGUUGAGGAAGGGCGAAGCUCCCGACACUCCAAGUCCAACAGUGACCGAAAUCGGAAGAGAGAAUUAAAGGAUGUCUUUGGGGAUGACUCGGAGAUUUCUAAGGAGUCCUCCGGAGUCAAGAAACGGCGCAUCCCCCGCUUUGAGGAGGUGGAGGAAGAGCCUGAGGUCAUCCCCGGCCCACCCACCGAAAGCCCAGGAAUGCUGACCAAGCUUCAGAUCAAGCAAAUGAUGGAGGCAGCAACACGGCAGAUUGAGGAGAGGAAGAAACAGCUGAGUUUCAUCAGCUCCCCAGCUCCUCAGCCUAAAGCUCCGGCAACCACUCCACCUGAGCGCCUCCCAAUUGGGAACACCAUCCAGCCCUCUCAGGCAGCCACUUUCAUGAACGACGCCAUUGAGAAGGCCCGGAAAGCAGCGGAAUUGCAAGCCCGGAUCCAGGCUCAGCUGGCACUAAAACCAGGACUGAUCGGGAACACCAACAUGGUGGGACUAGCCAACCUGCACGCCAUGGGCAUCGCACCACCGGCAGAAAUACGUCACAUGGGCAGCAACGUCCAAUCCCCGUAUUCACGGAAGGUGGAGCUGAAAGACCAGAGCAAACCAACGCCGCUGAUUCUGGACGAGCAAGGCCGCACGGUGGAUGCCACCGGUAAGGAGGUGGAGCUGACCCACCGUAUGCCGACUCUCAAAGCCAACAUCCGGGCCGUGAAGAGGGAGCAGUUCAAGCAGCAGCUGAAGGAGAAGCCCUCAGAGGACAUGGAGUCCAACACUUAUUUUGAUCCCCGGGUCUCCGCUGCCCCAGCUCAGCGGCCAAAGAGGACUUUCAGGUUUCACGACAAGGGCAAGUUUGAAAAAAUAGCCCAACGGCUGCGGACGAAGGCUCAGUUAGAAAAACUCCAGGCAGAGAUCUCACAAGCUGCCAAGAAGACGGGAAUUCACACCUCGACCAAAUUGGCCCUCAUCACUCCCAAAAAGGAGGUGAAAGAGGGGGACAUUCCUGAGGUGGAGUGGUGGGAUUCCUACAUCAUCCCCAACGGCAUGGACGUAAAAGCCACUGAUCUGCUUAAGCGGGAGGACUAUUUUGGCAUCACGAACUUGGUGGAGCAUCCGGCUCAGCUCAGCCCUCCAGUGGACAGUGACCUGCCGGUGACCCUUGGGGUUUACCUGACCAAAAAAGAGCAGAAGAAGCUUCGUCGCCAGACCCGCCGGGAAGCCCAGAAGGAGCUGCAGGAGAAAGUGCGGCUUGGCCUGAUGCCCCCUCCGGAGCCAAAAGUCAGAAUCUCGAACCUGAUGCGAGUUUUGGGGACAGAAGCUGUUCAGGAUCCAACUAAAGUAGAAGCCCACGUCCGAGCACAGAUGGCAAAGAGGCAGAAAGCUCAUGAGGAGGCAAACGCCGCCCGAAAGCUGACCGUGGAACAGAGGAAAGCUAAAAAGGUGAAAAAGCUUAAGGAAGAUAUUUCGCAGGGCGUUCACAUAGCCGUUUACAGAGUCCGAAAUCUAGGUAACCCAGCAAAGAAAUUCAAAAUCGAAGCUAACGCCAGCCAGUUGUAUUUAACCGGAGUUGUGGUUUUACACAAAGAUGUCAACGUGGUGGUGGUAGAAGGAGGUCCCAAAGCACAGAAGAAAUUUAAGCGGCUCAUGUUACAUCGGAUAAAAUGGGACGAGCAGACGUCGAACACAAAAGGAGACGACGAUGACGAAUCUGAUGAGGAAUCUGUGAAAAAAACCAACAAAUGUUCUCUGGUUUGGGAGGGCACGGCAAAGGAGCGGAGCUUUGGCGAGAUGAAAUUCAAGCAGUGUCCAACUGAAAACAUGGCCCGGGAGCAUUUUAAAAAACACGGCACUGAGCAUUAUUGGGAUCUGGCUCUGAGCGAGUCGGUCCUAGAACCCACAGACUGAUGGCCUUUUCUGGAGCCCCUUCUCACAUUUCCGGUGCGUGACGUAAAGAGCAAGAUCCGAGCAGAAACGUUAAAAGACUCUGAGCCCCCUCGCCUUCAUCCCCACAAAUUCCUCACAGUAAGAUGCAUACAAUUAAAGGAAAUAUUUUUCAGAUCCAAAUAACAGGUUUUGAUUUUAAUUUUUGGCUUUGGACUAAAAACACUUGACACACGCCCUCCAAACUUUUCUGCCACGCUGUUUGGAAGAACUCAAGCUGAAACUUAAAAAGCAACGGAAGCCAUUUAUCAGCCAAGUCUUCUCUUCCAAAGCCUUCCACCUUUAAAACAAUACAGCCCUCGUCUUCAUUUUGUGUUUUCCCAGUUCCGCAGAUUCGUUUGAACAUUAGUCAGUGAGCAAAGACACCCCCAAGAGAAGGGGAGAGGAAAAAAAGCAGCACCGAGUCACAGACUGGAGCACAGGAGGGUGUAGUUAGUACCCCUGGGAAAAACGUACAGCAGGUUAGGAGCCGGGGAAUUAGCCCACAUCCUACAUUUGCAUAAUAAAAUCGUUUUUUAUAAGA